AUGACCGACAAAUUGGAAGAAGGACAGGAUGUCUCGUGGCGUUGGGGAGGCGGAAACCCUAGCGGAAAAGUCGCUGAGAUCGUAGAAGAAGGCAAGGCGGAGGUGACAAGCAAUAAGGGGAACACUGUCUCUCGAAAUGCUCGCGAGGGGGACCCAGCGGUGAAGAUAUCCCGCGACGGCAAUGACGUCGUCAAAUUAGCGCAUGAGCUCAAUGAAGUGAAGGACGCGUAG